CCACGGCCCACCUGCCCGCCGCGGGUUCAGGCUGAGAGGCCGCAGCGUGCGGCGAGGGCCGCCGCACAUGCGCCUUGAGGAAAGAUGGCACCUGCCGGCUGCUGCCGCUGCUACCGCUGCUGGGGCGGCGCUGUGGCCGCCGCGGACGCCGCCCGGCGCGUCCUGGCGCUGCUGUUGCUGGGGGUCCUGUCCGCCGGGCCGCGCCCGGGCGCCCUGGCCACCGAGCACUACUCGCCGCUGUCCCUGCUCAAGCAGGAGCUGCAGCACCGGCAGCAGCAGGAGGCCCCCGCAGGCGGCGGCUGCAGCCCGCAGUCCGGGGACUGGGGAGACCAGUACUCGGUCGAGUGUGGCGAGUCCUCCUUUUUGAACUUCCAUGACUCAGACUGCGAACCCAAAGGACCACCACCCUGUGACUCAUUGCUUUCCCUCAACACUGAAAAGAUUCUGAGCCAGGCCAAGUCUAUUGCAGAACAAAAGAGAUUCCCAUUUGCUACUGAUAAUGACAGCACAAAUGAAGAGCUAGCUAUUGCUUAUGUGUUGAUUGGCAGUGGACUCUAUGAUGAAGCAAUAAGACAUUUUUCAACAAUGCUUCAGGAGGAGCCUGAUCUGGUUAGUGCAAUUUAUGGCCGAGGGAUAGCCUAUGGAAAGAAGGGACUACAUGACAUUAAGAAUGCUGAGCUUGCUCUGUUCGAACUGAGCCGAGUAAUUACCUUGGAACCAGAUCGUCCAGAGGUAUUUGAACAGCGAGCAGAAAUUCUGUCCCCUCUGGGACGAAUUAAUGAAGCAGUGAAUGAUCUCACCAAAGCUAUCCAGCUUCAGCCCUCAGCACGGCUGUACAGACACCGGGGGACCCUGUACUUCAUAUCAGAGGACUAUGCAACAGCCCACGAAGACUUCCAGCAGUCCUUAGAACUGAACAAAAACCAGCCUAUAGCUAUGCUAUACAAAGGUCUAACUUUCUUUCACAGAGGACUUUUGAAGGAAGCUAUUGAAUCCUUCAAAGAAGCCUUGAAGCAGAAAGUUGAUUUUAUUGAUGCAUAUAAAAGCCUGGGACAGGCCUAUAGAGAACUGGGCAAUUUUGAAGCUGCCACUGAGAGCUUCCAGAAGGCACUGUUGCUCAACCAAAAUCAUGUACAGACCCUACAGCUCCGGGGAAUGAUGCUUUAUCACCAUGGCAGCCUACAGGAAGCCCUUAAGAACUUCAAGCGGUGUCUGCAGCUCGAACCCUAUAACGAGGUGUGCCAGUACAUGAAAGGACUCAGCCAUGUUGCCAUGGGACAGUUUUAUGAAGGCAUAAAAGCACAGACCAAAGUCAUGCUAAAUGAUCCUCUCCCAGGCCAGAAGGCUAGCCCAGAGUAUCUGAAAGUGAAAUAUCUCCGAGAGUAUUCUCGGUAUCUUCACGCACACCUCGAUACUCCUCUUACGGAAUAUAACGUUGAUGUGGAUCUGCCUGGAAGCUUUAAAGACCACUGGGCUAAAAAUCUGCCUUUCCUCAUAGAAGACUAUGAAGAGCAACCAGGGUUGCAACCCCACAUAAAAGAUGUGUUACACCAGAAUUUUGAGAGUUAUAAGCCCGAGGUACAAGAGCUGAUCUGUGUAGCUGAUCGUCUGGGAUCACUGAUGCAAUAUGAAACACCUGGUUUCCUGCCAAACAAGAGAAUACACAGAGCCAUGGGUUUGGCAGCGUUAGAGGUCAUGCAAGCUGUACAGCGUACAUGGACCAAUUCGAAAGUUCGAAUGAAUGGGAAAACACGGCUAAUGCAGUGGAGAGACAUGUUUGACAUUGCAGUAAAGUGGAGACGAAUUGCUGACCCAGACCAGCCAGUGUUGUGGUUAGAUCAGAUGCCAGCACGAAGCCUUAGCAGAGGUUUUAACAACCACAUCAAUUUAAUCAGGGGUCAGGUGAUUAACAUGAGAUACCUGGAAUAUUUUGAGAAGAUCCUUCAUUUUAUUAAAGAUAGAAUUCUUGUUUAUCAUGGAGCUAAUAAUCCUAAAGGAUUGUUGGAAGUUAGAGAAGCUCUGGAAAAGGUACACAAAGUAGAAGACCUUCUUCCAAUUAUGAAGCAGUUUAAUACUAAAACGAAGGAUGGGUUCACGGUGAACACAAAAGUUCCCAGCCUCAAAGAUCAAGGGAAGGAAUACGAUGGAUUCACAAUCACAAUUACAGGAGACAAGAUUGGCAACAUACUGUUCUCUGUGGAAACGCAAACCACAGAAGAAAGAACACAGUUCUAUCAUGCUGAGAUAGACGCACUUUAUAAAGACCUCACAGCGAAAGGAAAAGUACUGAUUCUUUCAUCAGAAUUUGGGGAGGCUGAUGCUGUUUGCAAUUUAAUCUUAUCCUUAGUUUAUUACUUUUAUAAUUUAAUGCCACUCUCUCGAGGAUCCAGUGUAAUAGCUUACUCCGUGAUCGUGGGAGCAUUGAUGGCAAGCGGAAAAGAAGUAGCAGGAAAGAUCCCCAAAGGGAAGUUAGUUGACUUUGAAGCUAUGACAGCCCCUGGUUCAGAGGCCUUUAGCAAAAUAGCCAAAAGCUGGAUGAACCUAAAAAGUAUUUCACCUUCCUAUAAGAUGCUCCCAUCUGUGUCAGAGACGUUCCCAACAUUAAGAUCAAUGAUUGAGGUGAAAUGAAAAGAGUUGAGAUCUGAGAGGGCAUUGAUUCUCUAAAGACACCGCGCUGUUAAUGCCCUGGUGCUGAUUCCAGCCAGUCCUGUUUGAGCCCAGGACCUGCCCUGCCCCACUGUGGUCUCCAGGACCAAAGAUUCAAUUUUUGGGCUCAAGACGGGAAGAAUACAUAACAUGGCACCGUGCUAAAUCUCUGUGUAUCUGUUACAUUUCUUUGUGCUCUCCCCUUUCUGCUUUUGACUAAACUGGUCUACCUGAAGACUUUUGAAACCACAAAAGAGCUGUAUCCAGAGAUGCUGUGCAGGAUUGCAAAUCAAUAUGGCAAUUGCCCUCGUUUUUUUUUUUUUUUUUUUUUUUUUUAAAGAUGUUACUUAUUUAUUAAAGAGAAAGACAAGCAAUGGGGAGGGACAGAGUGAGAGGGAGAAGCAGACUCCCCGCUGAGCAGGAAGUCUGAUGAUGGAUUCAGUCCCAGGACUCUGAGAUCAUGCCCUGGGCUGAAGGCAGAUGCUUAACCAACGGAGCUACCCAGGCACCUGCUAUCCUUCUUUUGUUGUUGUUGUUGUUCUUUUUUUUGUAAGGUUUAUUUAUGUAUUUUAGAGAGAGUACACAUGCAUGAGUGGGGUGAGAGACAGAGGAGAGAACCUUCAAGCAGAUCCCCUGCUGAGUGCAGAGCCCCAUGCAUGACAGGAGGGAUCUCACGACCCAUCAGAUCACGACCUAGGCCGACACCAAGAGUCAGACACUUAAACUGGCUGAGCCACUCAGACACCUGCUGACUUUUCUAAAAUAUGACAAUAUGUCUAAACCCCAGAAUUAGAACGUAUUUUUCUUGAAAUUUGGUUUAUCAACUCCAAAUUCCUACAUUUCAAUUUUUAUUUAGAUAGCCCAGUUUCUCCUCAUUCAGAUACAGUGAUUAUCACAUCAUCAGAAGUACCGACAUGCUAAAUUCUGUGACUUCAAGAUGUUUUGAGAAAACAUUCCAUCUUCUGCCUUGAGUCCCAAAAUACUCAGGCCAAGUUGACUGUGGUCUGAACAAAAUACUACAUGAAAUUCUGUUUGGUGGCCAAGAAGGUACUAACUACUGGUGCUCCCAUUCCCAUCUUUCAGGGCUCUUAUCACAAGAUAUGGAAUGCAUUUUUAUAUCAUGAUAUUUAAAGUCCUCUUAUCACCUCUUCAAUUAAAUUGAAAAAUUGCACCUAAAACUCAGAGUUCCCUUGUACAAGUUAUUCUCUGCUUAAAGCUGUUUUCAAAAACAUAAAUUUCUUUUGUAAAACAAAAGGGGACACCUGGGUGGGUUAGGGGUUGAGCAUCUGCCUUUGGCUCAGGGCAUGAAUCUGGAGUUCCAGGAUCAAGUCCCACAUCGGGCUUCUUGUAUGGAGCCUGCUUCUCCCUCUGCCUGUGUCUCUGCCUCUCUCUCUCUCUCUCUCUCUCUCUCUCUCUCU